AUCAGCCGGCUAUGCGGCCACACUCAGCAGAGGCAGUAUCGAUCAGCUAAUUACCCUGAAGACCUGUUUGUUGACAAGAAAGUCCUAAAGGUGACUCACAUCGAGCCAGAAGAAACUUUGUCAAGCAGGAGGAGGGAACUCAUUACGAAGCUGAAGUCCCACAGCAUAUUUUACAGCAGCUUGCCAGAGUACAUCUGCAACCACAGCUCUGCUGUUCAAAAUGACACUGUUUGCUGGAAUGGACAAGAAGUUGUGGAGAGGUACAGUCCCCUAAUCGCAAGGAACGGAGCGAAAACUCAGCCUGGCAACCAUGAGGUGAAGAUGAAAAGUCCUGAACCAGUGAUCAGCCAGAUUAUUGACAAGCUGAAACACAUCAACCAGCUGCUCAAAGGGAUGGCUUUGCCCCACCGAAAAGCUCCAGGCAAAACCCCAGAGGAGGAGGAGGAGAGUGGAGACUGCGACGAUGAGGAUGACUGUGGCGGAGGCUCUGGGGACGGAGAGCUGCGAGUGAGGAACCAGCUCCGGUUCUUAGCAG